CAGGCUCAGAGUAUAAAUUGACAUCUUCCUCCUAGUUUCUCUCUGCCCGUCUUCCUCUUGGACACUCGCUCCACGGUCUCGCGCCUGCGGUCUAUCUACUUCGCUGCGGGAGGAGGACGGUGGAUUUGAGCUGAUCCGUGUACGAGUCUUCUGUCUAGUUAUUCUGCAGAUUAGUCAAAAAUGGCGGACGUUGAUGAUAUUCAGCCUCUUGUUUGCGAUAAUGGAACUGGAAUGGUUAAGGCUGGAUUUGCUGGUGAUGAUGCACCCAGAGCUGUGUUCCCAAGCAUUGUAGGCCGACCUCGUCACACUGGUGUCAUGGUUGGCAUGGGCCAAAAGGAUGCUUAUGUGGGAGAUGAAGCUCAAUCUAAAAGAGGUAUCCUAACCUUGAAAUAUCCUAUUGAGCACGGAAUUGUAAGCAACUGGGAUGAUAUGGAAAAGAUUUGGCAUCACACCUUUUACAACGAGCUCCGUGUUGCCCCUGAGGAGCACCCUGUACUCUUAACUGAAGCUCCUCUCAAUCCCAAGGCAAACAGAGAAAAGAUGACGCAGAUUAUGUUUGAGACUUUCAACGUGCCUGCCAUGUAUGUUGCCAUUCAAGCUGUUCUUUCCCUAUAUGCUAGUGGCCGUACAACUGGUAUUGUACUCGAUUCUGGCGAUGGUGUCAGUCACACCGUUCCUAUUUAUGAGGGUUAUGCACUUCCUCAUGCCAUCCUUCGAUUGGACCUGGCUGGCCGAGACCUCACAGACUCUUUGAUGAAGAUACUUACUGAGAGAGGAUACUCUUUCACAACCACUGCGGAGCGUGAAAUUGUUAGGGACAUCAAGGAGAAGCUAGCCUAUGUAGCCCUUGAUUAUGAGCAAGAGCUGGAAACUUCCAAGAGCAGCUCUUCAAUAGAAAAAAGCUACGAGCUUCCUGAUGGUCAGGUUAUUACUAUUGGGGCUGAGAGAUUUAGGUGCCCAGAGGUUCUCUUCCAGCCAUCUCUGAUUGGAAUGGAAGCUGCUGGCAUCCAUGAGACAACGUACAACUCCAUCAUGAAAUGUGAUGUUGAUAUCCGAAAGGAUUUGUACGGUAACAUUGUUCUUAGUGGAGGUUCCACCAUGUUCCCAGGCAUUGCUGACCGCAUGAGCAAAGAGAUAUCUGCGCUUGCACCGAGCAGCAUGAAGAUCAAGGUGGUUGCUCCGCCAGAGAGGAAAUACAGUGUCUGGAUUGGAGGAUCUAUCCUUGCCUCCCUCAGCACAUUCCAACAGAUGUGGAUUUCUAAGGCAGAGUAUGAUGAAUCUGGUCCAGCUAUUGUCCAUAGGAAAUGCUUCUGAGUCUCCAUUUUGGCUUCUGUUUCGUACUGCAAUUUAGCUGUUUUUCUGUUCUUUGUUAUUUAAGCUUGGGUUUUUCAGAGAUUGUUGAAUUUGAGUUAACCAUGUGAUGGUUUUAUAAUUCUCAGAUGGGGUCUUAUAUGCUUGUAGUAGUGCUGCUCAUUAAUUUGUAAGCCAGCCGAACUUCUGUCCUAUGUCUGUCAGACAUGCCAGUUUGGACCAGAUGGCUGGUUUCAUCCUGGUUCUGUUUACCAACUUUUAAAACAGAGAUAAAUGGUCGGUCUUUCUAUUUCAUUGUUGGAUUUUCUGCUA